CACAAUGCACGGCUUGAACCCUGAGUGUUUGUUGUGAAUCUUGUGAUCAGCUGAACGAGCGCGCGAGGGAGGGAGGGAGGAAGAGAGAGAGAGAGAGAGGCUUGAAGGCAAGGAGGCCGCAGUCGCGAAGGGGUUCUGUGUCAGCGCGAGGCAGAGCCAUGAAGUUCCAAUACAAGGAAGAUCACCCUUUCGAGUACAGAAAAAAAGAAGGGGAGAAGAUCCGAAAAAAAUACCCAGAUCGGGUGCCUGUUAUUGUGGAAAAGGCACCCAAAGCUAGAGUACCUGAUUUGGACAAGAGGAAGUAUCUUGUUCCAUCUGAUCUGACAGUUGGCCAAUUCUACUUCUUGAUUCGAAAGCGAAUCCACCUGAGGCCAGAGGAUGCCCUUUUCUUCUUUGUCAACAACACCAUUCCUCCCACCAGUGCUACUAUGGGACAGCUGUAUGAGGAUAACCAUGAGGAAGAUUAUUUUCUCUAUGUGGCUUACAGUGAUGAAAGCGUAUACGGAAAGUGAGCCUGCAAGCUUCAUAGAUGGAACAGACUGAAAGGACUGUUGUGGGAAACAUGGUCUCUCUGGUGGAAGCAAGAAGAGAGAGAAAGAACUGGACAACCCUCCUUCCACAUACUUCCAUGCCACCAUUUCUUGCACCUCUAUUAUAAAUUAGAUAUAAUUAUUACUAUUGUUUGGUUUAAUCUCUAUUUGAAGAGUAAGGUGAUUGGUGCUUGUGAGAGUGAGAUCUGUUUGCCAAGUACUCCCACUUUCCAUUCAACUCACAGGCCUUUCAGAGCAUCCAAUGGAGGAAGAGGAAGAAGCUGUGCGUGGGGAACCCUGAUCUAGUCAUAUGGAUCAUGUGCUUCCCAGUCAGUUUGCCAAAGGGAUUUAAUAGCAAAAUACCCUACCCCUAACUGGCUCAUUACACCUGGAAUUUAAUUUAUCCAAAUAUAAAAUAGUAGCAUUAUCUCCACUGUCCCCAGUAGUUGAAGAAAGAGUAAAAUGGACCCUUAUUUCUGAAGCUACUUAUUCUUUCUUUGUCUUCCCUUCUGUUCUCUCAAUCCUGGCUUUGCCCAUCCUUCCUUUUUCAUGUGCAGCAUCUUUAAUUAGUUUAUAUAUUACACUACCAAUCUCAUAGCUACUAGUGAUUGAUUUCACUACUUAUGAAGGAAACAGAGUAGAGUCCUACUAGGCUUCGCCAGUUUAAGCAACAACAAAAUUAGGAGGACACCCCAUUGUUUCAGGGUGUAAUCAGGCCUUGAGCAUCUAGCAUAAAAAUGUUCCCAUCCCUUGCAUGAGUGUUUUGUGAUGCUAUGCUCCCUUGCUUGUCAGUAAAAGACUGUUCACCCCUAAGUCACUAUCACAUUUCCAAAACUUGUAAUGUUCCCUUAAUCACCAUCAAUGCAGUUGGGGGGGGGGGGGGGGAGUCGGCAGGGACACAAGGAGUUAAUUUUCAUAGGCUUUUGCCAUAAAUAUACAUUAGAAAGAUAUUACUCUUUUUCUGAAGAGCUGCCAUUCAUGCCUUCCUUUAUUCCAUCCCCACUCUGAUAAACCCUUAACGAUUACACAAUAGUCACAAAGCAGGCCUUCAUGUAGCAAUGCCAAAGCAGUUUUUGUCUCAGAGUGACAGUAAUAAUUCCCCUCCUUUUCUUAUUGCUGUUGUCCUAAAUUGGGGAUUCAUGAUGAAAAUUGGGACACUUUAUGUUGAGGCUUCUAGUGAAUUAAAUACUGUGCUAGAUUUUUCAUUUUAUAGGAUUAUUGGGGAUAUGUAGAAAAGAGACUAUAAGUAAAUAAAAUGGGAUGUAUAUAUAAUAUUUUGCCUGCUAGGAAAAUAAAUAUGCUGGCUGGGGUGAGGAGGACAAAUGUUUUCAUUGAGAAUCUUGAACCUUUCAGUAGUAUUUAAUCUUUAGAAGUAUUUGUGAUGUUAUGGAAACUGACAACAACCUAGCCUCUGCUUCUUGUUCAUAUUUUUGAUGUGUCAUUCUUCUUUAAAAAAAAACAACCUUGCGAUAUUAAGAGAUCCAAUGGAACAGACUAUAUUCAGUGGUAUCUGAGAUGCCCAUAAUAUGAAAGGAUAUUCAGUAACAAACUGAGGGGCAUUUGCGGAAGCAAAGGGCCUUCAUAAGAAAACUAGAGGCUCUACCAACACCGAGUAAGGGGCAUGUGCUACAGUCAUAGCAGUCAAUAAAGGCCAAAAGAAGAAGGCCAGGGAGUUAGUUUGUGCUGUGAACUCUACUUUUGCUGCCUAGUUCUGACGUACCUUUUGAGGCUACUAGUUUUGAUAUUCUUAAUUCCUUCCAUUCCAAAUUCCAUUUUGUUUUUGCUUGUUUAGUCUUUCUGUUUUCAAGUUGUCUUUCAAGAGGCAUAUUUCAAAUCCAGAACCACCCAUGUCAAGAUAUGCCUGGGACCCCAGUGCACAUGGGUGUUCAGCUGUAUAUUUUCACAUCUAACCUCAUGGAAGAGGCAGGAAAUGCUGAAAGAGAACUUGAGUUAUCCCCACCUCCAAUGCUAUUGCUGCUGCUACUGCUUUUUAAGCAAUGUUAAUUUGAAGAGUACUGAAAUAUUAUGUUUAAAGGUUUUAUUUUAACUGGAUUGUAAAUUUUUUCAUUGGCUCAGCUACAGCUUAUAAAAGAUCGUGUUGAUGAUUCUUUUUAUGUCAUUAAUUCAAGGUAGCUUCAAGUUCUUAUAAAAAGUCCAUGCUAUAUCAGUUCAGUCAAUAAACACACACUUGAAAAUGUGA